AUGUCCCCUCACCGCGUCCUUGUCCCCCCAGUCGCGUGCCACAACGGCGGCGUGCCCAACCGCACCCACUGCCUGUGUCCCCCCGGCUUCUCCGGCCGCGGCUGCGAGACCCCUGACCCCGCUGACCGCUGCGCCGAGGGCAGCACGGCCGUGGGUGACCGCUGCGUCUGCCCGCCCGGCCGCGCGGACCCCGCUGCGCCACCCCCGACCCGGCCACCGCCUGUCGCCACGGCGGCACCGCCGUGGGCACCGAGUGCUUCUGCCCACCCGGACCCCUGCCUGAACGGGGGGCUCUGGAUGGGCACGGCGUGUCUGUGCCCCCCCAACAUGGACGGUCCCCGCUGCGAGUUCGGAGCCACCACCAUCAACCUGACGGCAGAGCUGGGUCCCUUCGUGACGAUGAUGGCGCGUGUCACCAACCGGGACUUCGCGGAGGACAUGGGGGACGCCUCGUCCCCCGGGCACCGGCGAUUCGCCGCAGAGUUCAGCCGGACGAUGGACGGGAUCUACCGGGACGUCCCUGGCUACCGCGGGAUCGACGUCCUGAGCCUGAGCCGCGGCAGCGUGGUGGUCAAUUACCGCGUCCAGCUGCGGCCCCUGCCCGCCAACGCCAGCCUGGAGCGCCGAGCCCUGGAGCUGCUGGCCGUGGCCAACGCCGCGUCCCAGCCCCACAACUGCAGCGCCGCGGCCGACGGGCUCUGCUUCACCGCCACCUCCGCCAGGGCCACCAGGGCCACCACACUGGCGCUCAACGACACCGCUCUGCCGGCGCACGCGCCGGCCAACUUCAGCCGGUUCUACUUCCCGUACCGCACGGCCAACGGGCUCCUGUGCGUCACCAACUGCACCCUCAACGUCCCCGGCACCUUCGACUGCCACCGCGGGCUCUGCCGCCUCACCCGCGACGGGCCCCAGUGCUUCUGCCCGGACCUGCCCUGGUACCUCUCGUCCGGCGACCGCUGCCAGACCCACAUCAGCAAACUGGGGCUGGGCCUGGGCGUGGGGCUGGGGCUGGGCCUGACCAUCCUCGUCCUCCUCAUCCUCUGCAUCGUCCUCACCGUCCGCUUGGCCCGAGGGAGGAAAAAAUCACCUGGAGCCAGCGUCACCCCCAGCCCCCUGAACCUUGCCCGGCUCCGCAGCGAGGACACCUGGCCGGACGGGGGCCGCAACAGCCGCGUCACCGGGAUCUACCACGUCAACGGCGGAGGCGGCGGGAAAGGUCCCUAUGGAUACAACACCUACACGCCCAGCUCGGAGGUGGCCGAACCCCCGGCGCCGGUGGGUGAUGGGGGGCACGUCGUUUUGGGGGUGGUCUUCAGCCUAAAAUUGAUCUGGAACGCCAAUUUUGACCCCAAAACCCAAAUUGUGAUGCCCAAAAUCCCGACCAAUGACCUCAAAAUACCCAAGCCCUCAGCUGUGACCUCACCACCCCAAUUUGGACGUCCAGGACCCAAACGGGAGACCUGGAAAUUGACCUGGAGCGCCGGAACCGGUGCUGCUGAAGCCACUGGAGCAACCAGGACACCUGGAACCACCACCAGACCUGGCACCACCAAACCUGGAGCCACCAGUGACCCAUGGACCACCAGUGACCAAUGGACCAGUGGUGACCCAUGGACGACCACCAGCCUUGAGACCAUUUCCACCAACCCUGACACCACCACCACCACCCCUGAGAUCUCCAUGACCAUCCCUGAGACCACCAGUUCAGAGACCACCAGUGACCAAUGGACGUCCAUCAGCCUUGAGACCAUUUCUACCACCCUUGACACCACCAUGGACAUCCCUGAGACCUCCACCACCAUCCCUGAGACCACCAGUGACCCAUGGACCACCAGUGACCCAUGGACCACCAGACAUCCUGAGACCAUUUCCACCACCCCUGACCCCACCACCACCAUCCCUGAAACCACCAGAACCAUCCCUGGGACCACCAGUCCUGAGACCACCAGUGGCCAGUGGACUUCCAUGAGUCUUGAGACCUUUUCCACCAUCCCUGAGACCUCCACGACCAUCCCUGAGACCACCAUGCCUGAGGCCACCAGUCCUGAGGCCACCAGUGACCAAUGGAUUUCCACCAGCCCUGAAGCCAUUUCUACAACACCUGAGGCCACCAGAACCAUCCCUGAGACCACCAAUCCUGAGGUCACCAGUGACCCAUGGGCCACCACCAGUCUUGAGACCGUUUCUAACACCCCUGAGGCCACCAGAACCAGCCCUGAGACCACCACUCCAGAGGCCACCGGUGACCAAUGGACUGCUGCCAGUCCUGAGACCAUUUCUGCCACUCUCGAGACCACCACCACCGGUCCUGAGACCACCAAUCCUGAGGCCACCAGUGACCCAUGGGCCACCACCAGUCUUGAGACCAUUUCUAGCACCCCAGACACCACCAUGACCAGUCCUGAGACCCCCGGUGGCCCAUGGACCUCCACCAGUUCUGAGACAGUUCCUAAGACCCCUGAGACCACCACCACCAUCCCUGACACCACCAGUGAUGCAUGGGCCACCACAGGUGACCUAUGGACCACCACCACUCUUGAGAGCACUUCUACCACCCCUGAGACCACCAUGACCAAUCCUGAGACCACCACCACCAUCCCUGAGACCACCAGUCCCGAGAGCACCAGUGACGCACGGACCUCCACCACUCUUGAGACCUUUUCCACCAUCCCUGAGACCUCCACGACCAUCCCUGAGACCACCAUGCUUGAGACCACCAGUGACCUAUGGACCACCAGCAGUGACCCAUGGACCACCAGCGGACUUGAGACCCUUUCCACCACUGUCUCCCCUGAGACCACCCCCACCAUCCCUGAGACCUUCACAACCACCUCUGAGACCACCAGUCCUGAGACCACCAGUGACCCAUGGACCUCCAUCAGCCUUGAGACCGUUUCUACCACCCCAGACAUCACCACCACCAUCCCUGAGACCUCCACCACCAUCCCUGAGACCACCAGUGACCCAUGGACCACCACCAGUCCUGAGAUCGUUUCCACCACCCCUGUCCCCACCACCACCAUCCCUGAGGCCACCAGUGACCCAUGGACUUCCACCAGUCUUCAGAUGGUUUCUAACACCCCUGACACCACCACGACCAUGCCUGAGACCACCGAUGACCCACGGACCACCACCACUGACCCAUGGACGUCCACCAGUCUUGAGACCAUUUCUGCCACACCUGACACCACCAUGGACAUCCCUGAGACCUUCACAACCAUCCCUGAGACCACCAGUGACCCAUGGACCACCAGACAUCCUGAGACCAUUUCCACCACCCCUGACCCCACCACCACCAUCCCUGAAACCACCAGAACCAUCCCUGGGACCACCAGUCCUGAGACCACCAGCGGCCAGUGGACUUCCAUGAGUCUUGAGACCUUUUCCACCAUCCCUGAGACCUCCACGACCAUCCCUGAGACCACCAUGCUUGAGGCCACCAGUCCUGAGGCCACCAGUGACCAAUGGAUUUCCACCAGCCCUGAAGCCAUUUCUACAACACCUGAGGCCACCAGAACCAUCCCUGAGAUGACCAAUCCUGAAGCCACCAGUGACUCAUGGACCACGAGUGACCCAUGGACUACCACGAGUCUUGAGACCAUUUCUACCAACCCAGACACCACCAGCACCAUCCCUGAGACCUCCACGACCACCCCUGAGACCACCAGUCUGGAGGCCACCAGUGACCCAUGGGCCACCACCAGUCCUGAGACCAUUUCUAGAACCCCUGACACUACCUCUACCACCCCUGAGACCACCAGUCUGGAGGCCACCAGUGACCCAUGGACUUCCACCACUCCUGAGACCGUUUCUACCAGCCCUGACACCACCACAGCCGUCCCUGAGACCUCCAGUGACACAUGGACCACAAGUGACCAAUGGAUGUCCACCAGUCCUGAGACCAUUUCCACCACCCCUGAGACCACCACCACCACCCCUGAGACCACCAGUCCUGAGACCACCAGUGACCCAUGGAUUUCCACCAGUCCUGAGACCAUUUCUACAACACCUGAUACCACCAGAACCAACCCUGAGAUGACCAGUCCUGAGGCCACCAGUGACCCAUGGACCAUGAGUGACCCAUGGACCACCGGUGACCAAUGGACCACCACGAGUCUUGAGACCAUUUCUACCACCCCAGACACCACCACCACCCCUGAGAUCUCCAUGACCAUCCCUGAGACCACCAAUCCUGAGGCCACCAGUGACCCAUGGGCCACCACCAGUCUUGAGACAAUUUCUAACACCCCAGACACCACCAUGACCAGUCCUGAGACCCCCGGUGGCCCAUGGACCUCCACCAGUUCUGAGACAGUUCCUAAGACCCCUGAGACCACCACCACCAUCCCUGAGACCACCACCACCAUCCCUGACACCACCAGUCUGGAGGCCACCAGUGACUCAUGGGCCACCACCAUCUUUGAGACCAUUUCUACCACCCCAGACACCACCACCACCAUCCCUGAGACCACCACGACCAUCCCUGAGGCCACCAGUGAUCCAUGGACCUCCACCAGUCCUGAGACCAUUUCUAGAACCCUUGACACCACCUCUACCACCCCUGACCCAACCACAACCAUCCCUGAGACCACCAGUGACCCAUGGACUUCCACCAGUCCUGAGUCCAUUUCUACCAUCCCUGAGACCACCAGUCCUCAGACCACCAGUGACCAAUGGAUGGCCACCGGUCUUGAGACCAUUUCCACCACUCUUGACACCAUCACCACCAUCUCUGAGACCUCCAGUCCUGAGACCACCCCCCCAAUUCCUGAGAUGGCCACCACCUUCCCUGAUACCACCAUGCCUGAGACAACCACAACCCCUGGCACCACCACGACCAUCCCUGAAGCCACCGGUCCUGAGACCACCACCUUCCCUGGGACCACCAGUUAUGAGAUCACCACCUCCUUUCCUGGGACCACCACCACCAUCCCAGAGACCGCCAUGACCCCUGGUACCACCACAACCACCCCUGAAACCACCUUCCCUGAGACCGCCACCACCUUCCCUGGGACCGCCACCACCUUCCCUGAGACCACCACCACCUUUCCUGGGACCACCACGCCUGAGACAACCACAACCCCUGGCACCACCACGACCAUCCCUGAAGCCACCGGUCCUGAGACCACCAGCACCAUCCCAUGGACCACCACCAGCCCUGAGACCAUUUCUACCACCCCUGGCACCACCACCGUCCCUGAGACCGCCACCACCUUCUCUGGAACCACCACAUCAACACCUGGGACAAACACCAGCCCUGAGACAUCAACGUUCCCUGAGACCACCAUGACCCCUGACACCACCAUGACCAUCCCUGAAACCACCGGUCCUGAGAUGACCACCACCCCCUCUGAGACCACCACCACCUUCCCUGGGACCACCCUCCCUGCGACCACCACCACCCCAGAGACAAGCACAACCCCUGGCACCACCAUGACGCCCCCUGACAUUACCACCAUCUCCGGGACCAUCAGCACCAUCCCUGAGACCACCACCACCAGUCCUGAGAUGGCCACCACCUCCCCUGGCACCACCACACCUGAGACAACCUCAACCCCUGGCACCACCAUGUCCAUCUCUGACACCACCCGUCCUGAGACCACCAGCACCAUCCCAUGGACCACCACCAGCCCUGAGACCAUUUCUACCACCCCUGGCACCACCACUGUCCCUGACACCAUCACCACCUUCUCUGGAAGCAUCACCAGAGCACCUGGGACAAACACCAGCCCUGAGACAUCAACGUUCCCUGAGACCACCACCAUGAGGACCCCUGAGACCACCAUGACCUUCCCUGGCACCACCAGUCCUGAGAUGAUCACCACCUUCCCUGGCACCACCACCUCAACAUCUGGGACAAACACCAGCUCUGAGACAUCAACGUUCCCUGAGACCACCACGACCUUCCCUGGGACCACGAGCACCAGCCCUGAGGCCACCACCAUGACAUUCCCUAUGUUCACCAAUUCUGAGGCCACCACCACUUUCCCUGGCACCACCAGCCCUGAGACCAUUUCUACCACCCCUGGUACAACCACGGUCCCUGACACCACCACCACCUUCUCUGAGACCACCACCACCAGCCCUGGGACCACAACCAGAGCACCUGGGACAAACACCAGCCCUGAGAGAGCAACGUUCCCUGAGACCACCACCAUGAGGACCCCUGAGACCACCAUGACCUUCCCUGGCACCACCGGUCCUGAGAUGACCACCACCUUCCCUGGCACCAUCACGACAUUCCCUGAAACCACAAGUUCUGAGACCACCACCUUCCCUGGGACCACCAGUGCCAUAUCUGAGUCAGCAAUGUUCCCCGAGACCACCACAACCAUCCCUGAAAGCACCAGCCCUGAGACCACCACCUUCCCUGGGACCACCAGUUAUACCACCAGCACCUUCCCUGGGAUCUCCACCAGCCCUGAGACCAUUUCUACCACCCCUGGCACCACCACCGUCCCUGACACCACCACCACCUUCUCUGGAAGCACCACCAGAGCACCUGGGACAAACACCAGCCCUGAGACAACAACGUUCCCUGAGACCACCACCAUGAGGACCCCUGAGACCACCAUGACCUUCCCUGGCACCACCAGUCCUGAGAUGACCACCACCUUCCCUGGCACCAUCACAACAUUCCCUGAAACCACAAGUUCUGAGACCACCACCUUCCCUGGGACCACCAGUGCCAUAUCUGAGUCAGCAAUGUUCCCCGAGACCACCACAACCACCCCUGAAACCACCUUCCCUGAGACCACCACCACCUUCCCUGGGACCACCAGUUAUGAGAUCACCACCUCCUUUCCUGGGACCACCACCACCAUCCCAGAGACCGCCAUGACCCCUGGUACCACCACAACCACCCCUGAAACCACCUUCCCUGAGACCACCACCACCUUCCCUGGGACCGCCACGCCUGAGACAACCACAACCCCUGGCACCACCACGACCAUCCCUGAAGCCACCGGUCCUGAGACCACCAGCACCAUCCCAUGGACCACCACCAGCCCUGAGACCAUUUCUACCACCCCUGGCACCACCACAGUCCCUGAGACCGCCACCACCUUCUCUGGAACCACCACCAGAACAUCUGAGUCAAACACCAGCCCUGAGACAUCAACGUUCUCUGAGACCACCACGACCUUCCCUGGGACCGCCAUGACCAUCCCUAGGACCACCAGUUCUGAGACCACCAGCACCAUCCCUGAGACCACCACCACCAGUCCUGAGAUGGCCACCACCUCCCCUGGCACCACCACACCUGAGACAACCACAACCCCUGGCACCACCAUGUCCAUCCUUGAAACCACCGGUCCUGAGACCACCAGCACCUUCCCUGGGAUCUCCACCAGCCCUGAGACCAUUUCUACCACCCCUGGGACCACCACCGUCCCUGACACCACCACCACCUUCUCUGGAACCACCACAUCAACACCUGGGACAAACACCAGCCCUGAGACAGCAACGUUCCCUGAGACCACCACGACCUUCCCUGGGACCACCAUGACCAUCCCUGAAACCACCGGUCCUGAGACCAUGAGCACCAUUCCUGAGACCACCACCCCCUCUGGGACCAUUUCUACCACCCCUGGGACCACCACUGUCCCUGACACCACCACCACCUUCUCUGGAAGCACCACCAGAGCACCUGGGACAAACACCAGCCCUGAGACAGUAACGUUCCCUGAGACCACCACCACCCCUGAGACCACCACGAUCAUCCCUGAGACCACCAGUCCUGCGACCACCAGCCCCACCCCUGGGAUCUCCAGCAGUCCUGAGGUGAUCACCACCACCUUCCCUGGCACCACCACGCCUGAGACAACCACAACCCCUGGCACCACCACGACCAUCCCUGAAACCACCUGUUCUGAGACCACCACCACCUUCCCUGGGACCACCGGUCCUGAGACCAUCACCACCAGCCCUGAGACCACCACCACCUUCCCUGGGACCACAACCAGAACACCUGAGACAAACACCAGCCCUGAGACAUCAACGUUCCCUGAGACCACCACCAUGAGGACACCUGAGACCACCAUGACCUUCCCUGGGACCACCAGUUCUGAGACCACCACCACAUUCCCCGGGAUCUCCACCAGUCCUGAGAUGGCCACCACCUUCCCUGGCACCACCACACCUGAGACAACCACAACCCCUGGCACCACCACAAUCAUCCCUGAAACCACCGGUCCUGAGACCAGCAGCACCAUCUCCUGGUCCACCACCAGCCCUGAGACCAUUUCUACCACCCCUGGGACCACCACCUUCCCUGGAACCACAACCAGAACACCUGGGACAAACACCAGCCCUGAGACAUCAACGUUCCCUGAGACCAUCACCAUGAGGACACCUGAGACCACCAUGACCAUCUCUGGGACCACCAGUCCUCAGAUCACCACCACCUUCCCUGGGAUCUCCAGCACCAUCUCAGAGACCACCACGGUCCCUGGCACCACCACAACCACAACUGAAACCACCUUCCCUGAGACCCCCAGCAUCAUCCCUGGCGCCACCACCAGUCCUGACACCAUUUCUAUGACCACUGGGACCACCACAGUUCCUGACGCCACCAUCUCCUUCUCUGAGACCACCACCUCAACAUCUGGGACAAACACCAGACCUGAGACAUCAAUGUUCCCUGAGACCACCACCACCUUCCCUGGGACCACCAUCCCUGAGACCAUGACCAUCCCUGAGACCACCAGCACUAUCUCAGAGACCACCACGACCCCUGGCACCACCACAACCACCCCUGAAACCACCGGCCCUGAGAUCGCCACCCUCACUGAGUCCACCACCACCUUCCCUUGGACGGCCACCACCCCUGGCACCACCAUGACCAUCCCUGAAAUCUCCCUCCCUGAGGUCACCAGUGCUAUCCCUGGCACCACCACCAGCCCUGGGACCAAUGUCACCAUCCCUGGGACCGCCACCUCCAUCCCAGAGACAACCACCACCACACCUGGGACUACCACCACCAUCCCUGGGACAAACACCAGCCCUGGGACUACCACCACCCCCCCUGGGACCACCACCACCACCCCUGAGACCACCACCAUCACCCCUGGGACCAUCAGCACCACACCUGGGACCAACAUCACCAUUCCUGAGACUACCACCAUCACACCUAGGACCACCACCACCACUGGGACCAACAGCACCACACCUGGGACCGCCAUCACCACCCCUGAGACCACCACCACCCCUGGGACCAACACCAUCACAUCUGGGACCAUCACAACUCUUGUGACCAUCACCAUCCCUGGGACCACCCGUAGAACCACCGCCAUCGCCACCACCGCCAUCUCCACCACCACGACCACCACUCCCCACUCCAGCACCACUCCAGGGAUCUGCAGCAACGGUGGCACCUGGGUCAACGGCCACUGCCAGUGUCCCCUGGGCUUCACCGGGGACAGGUGUGAUGACAUCAGCAACACCAUCGAGACCACAGCUGAGACCAACGGGACGGUGCAGGUGGAGCUGCGUGUCACCAACCGGGACUUCACCAAGGACCUUGAGAACAGCAGCUCAUCCACCUACAAGGAGUUCGUCCAGGAAUUCACCAAGCAGAUGGACGUGGUCUACGCCGGCAUCGAGGGCUACAAGGGCAUCAAGGUGACCAAUCUCAGGCGUGGCAGCGUAGUGGUGGACCACAUCAUCAUCGUGUCCCUGAGGGUGACCUCCCAGAGCCAGGAGAAACUCCAGAACAUCACGGCCAAGGUGCAGGAGAAGAUCGAGGUGGCGGCAACGCAAUUCAACUGCACCAACGAGAGGGGCUGUGGGGCUGUGUCCUCCACCUGUUUGGCCUCUCUUGCAGGUGACCUGUGCUUCAACUCCUCCGAGGUGAACAUCACCACCACCACGCUGGAAUUCGAUGGAGAUGCCUACUGCCGGAGCCAAGCACCUGAGGGCUACCAGGAAUUCUUCUUCCCCAACCUGACGAGCUCCGGGUUGUCCUGCAUGUCCAACUGCACGCCGGGCACCGCCAGCACCAUCGACUGCAACCGUGGGACGUGCCGCAUCACCCGGGGAGGUCCUCAGUGCUUCUGUGACGAGACCCACCUGUACUGGUACCAAGAUGACCGCCGCGCAUCGCGGGUCAGCAAACUGGCCAUGGGCCUGGGCUUGGCCGUGGCCAUCCUGGUCGUCGUGGUCAUUGUCCUCUCCAUCUUCCUCUUCCGAGCUCGGAAGUCUGGGUCCUUUGACAGGGCCGAGCAGAAGAUGUUGGAGAAUUGGUACGAGAACAUCAGUGAGGAGUGGAGCCCCCCAGGGACCUUCACCUUCCGGAACCAAGAUGUCCGGCUCGAGGAUGACCAUCCAGUCAACCUUGAGGCCGUGGACACCUCGGUGCCGGUGAGUUCUGCUCGGUCUCCUGCCAUGGUGGGACCAGGGCAGUGGGGACACCCCAGAUGUUCCUGA